AUGAAGACAUUGUUGGAAGAAGGUCGAAAAAGGCGGCGGAAUAAGGAUGAUGAUGAUGUCGUUGAUCGGGGAUUGCCUGGGCCGGGAAUGAAGAAGAGGAGCAAAGGGAUUCGAUCCAAGGAUGUAGGGAAUGUAGCCGACGCCGGUGAUUUGAAUAAAUUGGUGGAACGUUUAAAGGGAGGACUGAAAGGAUCAAAUCGCAAAUAG